UAUUACCUCCUCUGGAUUAUUAUUAUUAUUACUAUUAUUACUAUUAUAAUAACAGGCGAGAGGGGGGGGAAAAAGGACCGGAGACCAUGGCGGAGAGGAAACCGGAGUACCCGGAGGAAACCCACCAAGCAUGGGAAGAACACGCACACUCCAAGUACACAGACCCAAGGUUGGAAUGGGUGGAGAUCAUCGAACCGCGCACACGCGAGCGCAUGUAUGCCAACCUGCUGACGGGCGAGUGUGUGUGGGACGCGCCAGCUGGUGUGCACAUCAAGCGCAGCGGCCCAGACCAGUGGUGGGAACUGUUCGACUCCAACACGUCGCGCUUCUACUACUACAAUUCCUCCACCCAGCGCACUGUCUGGCACCGCCCGAACGGGUGCGACAUCAUCCCCCUCGCCAAGCUCCAGACUCUCAAGCAGAACACAGACACGCCGCUCCCUGUCGCUUCGGUGAUCAGUGGAUCGGCUGACAGUAGCCCGGCUCGCAGUGCUGUCAGCACCACGUCGUCGCAAGAGCAGGAGGAUAAAACGGCACCCAGGGAGGAAGCGGAGAGUUACAGAUGGGGGACAACCAGUAAGGACAGGAUGUUGAUUAAAGUAUCUGACAGGGAGCCAAGUUUCCUGUCACAGGGUAACGGUUAUUCCAGCUCUUCGCCACGCUCGAGACGCUCGUCAAGUAACACCCUGCCUGAGGCAGAAACCACUCCGCAUUCUUUGCCAGACCGUCGCCAAACACAGUCUCCCUUUCUAAAGAGAGCUGACUUUGGGGGAACUCAGCGGCGUUGUUCAGGUGACUCUCAGCCUCCUUCGCCACGCUACGCUUAUGAACCCCCACUCUACGAGGAGCCUCCUUCUGAGUAUCAAUCCCCACCCAUUUACGAAGAACCACCCUCUGACAUGCAUUGUGAACCCGGCCUGUAUGCCGCAGACAGGUCGCCAGCACGCAAGCCCGGUAUUUACCAUUCUCCCAAACAGAGCCCGUCUCCCUAUGGUCAGCUGGUGUUGACUAGACAGAGAGGCUCCACCCCUGAGAAGAUCUCCAACCAGGCAGAGCGGGAUUACACUUUCAGUGGGCGGGAUUAUAGUUCUGCAGGGCGGGACUAUAGCUCUGGUGGACGGGACUACAGUUCUGGUGGGCGUGAUUAUAGCUCAGGAGGGCGGGAGUACAGUGCAGCGGGGCGGGAGUAUGUCAAGCAGCUUGUGUACGUCGAACAGUCAGGGUCCUCUCCAAGGUUCCGGACAACGGAUCGAUUUUUAAGCUAUGGAAAGCCUGGACAGGGUGGCCUACCAGCCGGAAUGUGUUAUGGUGGCUCUUUUACGCUACAGCACAGCCACGAAGGUGGUGGCGGUAAUCGAAAACGUAAAAAUCGAAAGCCCUCUUUGCCUGGUGGGGAGGGAGAUGGGAUGGGGGCUGGAGUAGGAGCAGUACUCACACAAGCACGACUCGCCUGGGAAGCACAGCAGCUUAUGCAACAGCGUGGAAGUGGCGUCUUAGGAGGUGGUACUAAGGAUGGUUAUGAAAGUGAUGGCGCGACACCCUUGCCACUGCCAGGGCCUGUGGUGCGGGCAUUCAGCGAAGAUGAAGCUCUGGCCCAGCAGGAUGGCCACUGGAAGCGUACGACGUUGGACAGACUUGCAUUUCCUCAAACGCUGUUAGAGAAGAGCCUGUCUGUGCAAACCAACCUGGCAUCUCCAGAGCCUUACCUGCAUCCCUCUCAGUCGGAAGAUCUUGGUGCGUGCUCACAGUUCGAGGCGAGUCGGAAUGCUCGGAAUAUGAUGCCGAGUGCUAGUUGUGGUGUGUUUCCAGAAUUCUCCCUGCGGAAGCCCUCUUCGGAGACUGACAUCGAGAACUGGGCAUCUAAGCAUUUCAGCAAACACACACAGGGUUUGUUUAGAAGAAAGGUGUCUAUCGCAAACAUGCUGGCUUGGAGCAGCGAGCCCAUCAAAAAGCCCAUGAUCCACACAAUGGACCGUACGGUCAAACGAGACGCCGUGGACCUCUUCAAGCUUAUCCAGACCUACAUGGGGGACAGAAAGGGCAAAGGCGAGCCUCUGGCUGUGGCUCUGGAGAUCGCGGUGCGCGGCUGGAGCAACCAAGGCCUCCGUGACGAGCUCUACAUCCAGCUGUGCCGGCAGACCACUGAGAACUUCCGCUACGACAGCUUACAGAGGGGCUGGGAGCUCAUGGCCAUGUGUCUGGCCUUCUUUCCUCCAACGCCGCGCUUCCACAACUACCUGGAAGGUUACAUUUACAGACACAUCGACCCACUGAACGACACCAAAGGAGUGGCUGUCAGCAGCUAUGCGAAGUACUGCUACCGUAAAUUACAGAAAGCUGCACUGACUGGAGCGAAGAAGGGUUUGAAAAAGCCUUGUAUUGAGGAAGUAGCGUAUGCACGGAAUGCCAUCUUUAGCCCCUCCAUGUUUGGUUCCUCUUUGGAAGAAGUCAUGGCAAUGCAGAAGGAGCGCUACCCUGAUCGACAGCUGCCAUGGGUACA